UGCAAUCAAGCAUGGCUGACAAUCCAGAAAAAUUGGAUGCUGAUGAGGCUGAGAGGCGAAAGCGACAUGGGAUGUUAAAAAUGUAUUACGGCCUUGAUGAGGAUAAAGCUGGUGGGGCUUCCCUAGACCCAUGUGACAUAGAUGGUGCUCACUUCAAACCCGACAUGUACCUGGGUAAACUGAUCAGGGAGAAGUCUCUCACAGAACUGAUGGACAAAGAGUCAGAAAUGCUACGUCAGAUUCGGUCCCUGGACAGUGACAUGCAGACUCUGGUUUAUGAAAACUACAACAAAUUUAUUAGUGCUACAGAUACUAUCAGAAAGAUGAAGAAUGAUUUCCGUAAGAUGGAAGACGAGAUGGAUCAUUUGGCGACAAACAUGUCACGCAUCACUGAAUUUAGCGGGAAUAUUUCUCAUACACUGCAGGACCGUAGACAGCAUAUUACAAAACUAUCAGGCGUUCACUCAUUGCUGAAGAAGCUGCAGUUUCUGUUUGAGCUUCCAGCACGCCUUAAGAAAUGUAUUGAAAUGAAGGCAUACAGUCAGGCUGUUAGGUACUACACCAAGGCCCAAAGAGUGUUACAUCAGUACCAACAUAUGCCAAGUUUUCAAGGAAUCAACUCUGACUGUAGUCAGAUUAUCAGAGAACUAAGGGACCAUCUCAAACAACAGUUUAGAGACAAAGAGUCAACUCCGAAGCAGCUUGCAGAGUGUGUAGAUCUGUUGUUACAGUUAGACGAACCAGCAGAGAAGUUGUGUGAGGAAUUUCUGGCCCAUGCACGGCGGAAGUUAGACAGUGAUCUGGAAGAACUAAAGUACCAGAUCAGUCUGCAGAAAGGGGAGGCAGCACGUAAAGAUACAGAGAAACAAUCACAAUCUUUCCUAGAUACUUCUAUGGAUGUGUUAGAGUUUGUAGACUGUGGAUGUAAUGGCUUCCUUAGCAACAUGUGCUUGGUGAUAGCUUCAUAUAAUGACAUGUUCCUCAAUAGACAACAGGAUAGUGAAGAGUUAGAUGCAAUAGCGUCAAAGAAGCUGGUCACGUUUGUGCACACCCUGAUGGAGAUUUAUUUUAAUUGUGUGCAAGAGAGGGUACAAUUAGAGAAAGAAACAGGAGACAACACAAUUCUGGUUAGAGCUCUGGACAGGUUUCACAGGCGCUUGCAGGCCAUGAAUAAACUCCUACCCGAUACAGAUUUUUCAAGGGCAGGGACCAAUAUUGUAUCUACAGCAGCCAGGGACAGAGUGGCACACUAUCUGGAAUCUCUCAAACAACAUUUCACAGAUUGUUUGACGGAUAUUCGACAGAACUUGGCUAGCCCUCGUGUAGCCAGUAAACAAGAACAAGGCACCAACCUUACAGAACUGUUGAGUAAUAUUCAAAUGACAACAUUGGAGCAAGUGAAAUCUGUCCUGGUCAAUCUUCAGGUGUUUACAGCUCCAGAUAUUACAUUUGCCAUGAAGCCGUACUUCAGGGGACCAUUCUGUACACAGGGUGUCCGAGAGGGCCUAGUUGUCGCCUAUAUUCAGCAUAUCACCAAGGUGUGCCAAGAUUUCUGUGAGGGCACCAGUACAGCACCUCCUGCCUUGCUUCUCAUACUGUCACGAUUGUGCUCGGACUUCGAGAGUUCAACUAUCUCAUACCUGAUCACCUUGACAGAAGAGCAGUUUGAUAUAGAUCACAAGUUGGAGGUAACAUCUGUUUCCCAGCUCUGUACAGACAUUAAACAGACAGCCCAGCAAUUACUCAACCACUAUGUCAAAGUUCAAGGUCUUGCGAUUUCCCAGAUGUUACGUAAGAGUGUGGAAACGAGGGACUGGUUAAACACAAUAGAGCCAAGAAAUGUGCGAGCUGUCAUGAAACGUGUUGUAGAAGAUAUUACUUCAAUAGAUUUACAGGUAGGACAACUGUAUGAGGAAGGUGUAAGAAAAGAGAGAAGCAGUGAUUCAAGUAGACGAGCACAUAGUUACAGUUAUGCAGCCUCACAGCAAAAACGUGGGCAAUGGAACUUUACACCAAGCAUUGAUAACAGCCUGAUGAGUAACAUACAGAAACUUUUCUCUGAGAAGAUUGAGAUAUUCAGUGCUGUAGAAUUCUCCAAGGUUUCUGUUCUUACUGGAAUAAUCAAGAUCAGCUUAAAGACGUUUAUGGAGUGUGUAAGAUUGAGGAUAUUUGGUCGCUAUGGGUUACAGCAGAUUCAAGUUGACACAUACUACCUGCAACUGUAUCUGUGGAGAUUUGUCUCUGAUGAAAAUCUAGUUCAGGUGCUAUUAGAUGAGAUAGUGUGUAGUACAGUUCACAGAUGUUUAGACCCUGUUAUGAUGGAACCUAGUGUGAUAGAACUCAUAUGUGAAAGAGGAUAGGAUAUGGGACAAAAACUUCUGUUUGGGAUUUAUGUUUUUGAUUAAACUUAGUGGUUAAGUGUGCUGAAAGAUUUAAAAACUUUCUGAGAAAUAGUGUAGUUUUAUUGAAUUGAAGGAAACAUUUUCUUCAGCAGUCCUUGAAGCCAAGAUAUAUUGCUUAUGAAUACAGAAGCAGUGUCAUGAGAAAACACAGUUCUUAAUUGAGGUUUUCUGUAUGCUUGAAAUGUAUUAGAAAGUCUGUGGUUAGAAUUCUGAAAACGUAACUUUUACCUACAUGUAAAAGAAUCUACUUGCAGUCAAAACGUUUAUUUUGGAAAUAGAAAAUUAAAGUACUUUCAAUUACAUGUUUAAUUCACUGCAGACGUUGCAAACAAAAUAAAACUGUUAGUCCUUAGAGGUGGAUGGUGUCUGUUCACAGGUGGUCUUUGGCACAGGUUUAACCAUAUAAUUUAUUUUAGCAUGAAUUUUAGCAGUUGCUAGGACUGUCAUUUCUAUGGUGACAGUACCAGCAACAAUAACCAGACUACUUAAUUAACUGCACUACUGCAAAAACCUGGAAGAAAUAACUUUCUCAGACAGUGAUGAUAAACAUACAUUACAUUACACCUGACAGGCAAACACCGUCUAGGUGCGGGAAGACUUUUUACCGUCACACUGCACAAUGAUUCGUUUAAUUUCAUUACUUGCAUUUUAGUAGGUACUUGCUGUGCAGCUUAUAUAGAUAUAGUCUUUUAAUCAAGCUGUUCACCUGGUAUAUUCUGAACAAAAUUAACUUGAGCCGUGCCAUGAGAAACCUACCUAUAAAAUAGAAUAAAUACUGAUCGCUAACAGUUCUCUAAUUUGCAAUAGGCUUUGAAAGCGAACAGCAUGGAUCCUGACCAGACUGCGCACAAGCGCAGGCUGGUCUGGAUCCAUGCUGGUCGCAAACGCACUAUGUUGGUUUUCUCAUGGCAUGGCUCACUUAGCUUUUAAAUUUGGAUUGUACUGUAGGAUGUUAUUCUGAUGACUUUACAGUCACUUUACUUCUGUUGUGCAUCUGGAAAUGCCAUAUUUUGAAAUUUAAAGCUUGCAAUUAUGUAUUGCCAUAAACUACUUAUUUUUGUGUCUAAUUAACAUGCAGAGUUUUUUACUUCUAACUUCGAAUUAUUAUAUUAUUCAUUUCAUGUAUAUUCAGUUUAUGGUAUUUUUUUUGCUAUAUAUGGUACAAAAGUGAUAUCUUAUUGUCUGAAUAUUAUUUAGUCCUCCACCUCUGAUUCAUGUGAGGAAGUUGUCAGUUUACUUACGAAUCCAGGAACACUAGUAAGGUUAACUGACUGCUGUAUAUAACUGAAAUCUUUUGUAAUAUGAGCUGCGCCAUGAGAAAACCAACAGAGUGCGUUUGCGACCAGCCUGGAUCCAGUCCGGUCAGGAUCCAUGCUGUUUACUAACAGUUUCUUUACUUGCAAUAGGGUUUGAAAGCGAACAGCAUGGAUCCUGACCAGACUGCGCGCUGCGCUGGUCUGGAUCCAUGCUGGUCACAAAGCCACUAUGUUUGUUUUCUCAUGGAGCGGCUCAUAUGGUGUUAGUACCUAUAAAAAACAAUCCAGCAAAUUAGUACAUUGUAUGUUGGUAGGUAGAUAAACAAGUACAUAUACUCUGAUGAGAUUUUCAGUAAUAAUUUUUAGUAUAUGUUUAAUUAAAUAAAACACUCUUACUGAAAGAAUUUGAUACAUUCCAUUUCACUUGUAUUUACCAAUAACUGCUUUUAGGUAAUGGACUCGUAAUGAUAAUCUGCUGAUUACAUAUGAACCACGCCAUGAGAAAACCAACCAGUGAAUUUGCGACCAGUAUGGAUCCAGACCAGCUUGCGUAUCCAUGCAGUCUGGUCAGGAUCCAUACUGUUUGCUUUCAAAUGCUAUUGCAAUUCGAGAAACUGUUAGCGAACAGUAUGAAUCCUGACCUGACUGCGCGGAUGCGCAGGUUCGUCUGGAUCCAUGCUGUUCACAAAUGCACUAUGUUGGUUUUCUCAUGGUGCAGCUCAAUUAUUACUCUUUGUAUGAGAUUUUGGCAUUCUCUUGUUUUUUUUCACGGAAAGCCAUGUGCAUGUUAAGCUAUAUUUACGUUGGUAGAAUUCUGAAAUGAGUAACAACAAUAUUUAAUUACACGGAAAUUGACAAAUGUCAUUACGGGUCCUCUUUGUUAAGUUAAAAAUCUGUUUAUAACUGUAGACUAAAUUUUCCAUAUAUGGCACGAGUAUUGAGCAAAUAUAAUAAUUAUAUGUCAUAGAGAUGUAUAUUUUUUAUGCAUUUUGAAAAUCAGGUACGAGGGUUGAUCCAGAAGUAAUGUCACUGCAUCCAUUGCACAUUUAUUUACUGUAAUACAGUUAUAGGAAUUAGAUCAAGAUGUAAGCUAAUUCAGUAAUGAUAACAUGGAUAAAUAUCAUUUUUCAGGAUUGUUUUGUUCAGAUACAUAGAAUUUCAAAGUUCAACCCUGAUGACAUUUUGCCGUAGUCAAAAUAAUGUUUCUUUCAUAAACAGAAAACCAACCAAGCAAAGACAAUCCUAAUUGACAUAGAUAUGACUCACCUACUCAUAUGAAAUUAUAAUGAUGUGAAGUUAGGUCUUUCUGCUGUCAGCUGUGAAAACUAUGGUGAUAUCCUCGCAGGUUAAAGUUCACUGUAUAUUGCUUAGGCUUGUUAUUGCUUGGUGAUAAAAAUAUCCAUGUCUAACGUCGAUGAUGUGCAGCGAUUUUCAUUACCAUGCUUUUUAUUUAUGACAGUAUCUCGAUAUGACAUUUUCAAAAAAUAUUGCAAAUAAAUGAGAGCAUUUGGGUAGGAAUUUUUGUUGUUUUCUUAUACACGUUUUUUUUUAUGGCUCCAGUGUCAUUAGUUUUAGAUCAACCCUCCUACUGAUAAAUAGAAAUAAAAAAAGGUUUCUCUUUACUACAUAUUGGAGAACCUUUGCAAAGAAGAAUAGAUAAAAAUUAGCAGUUAUGUGAUAAUUUCCAUGUACAUUGACUUUCGAUAGAAUUAUGAUAAAAAAUGAUGGUGGGGUUUAGUUAGUGUAUUUUUUCAAAUUUUGUUUUCUUUAUGAUAUAUGUGCAAUAUAGAAAUAAAUUAUGUUUAC